AUGAAAGAUUCAGAAUUCUUUGUCAUUCGACAAUACCAUGGUCUUCACACUUGCUCAUUGAUGAACCGAAAUGCCAAUCAUAGACAAGCAUCCAAUCGUGUUAUUGGUGCUCGUGUCCAGGGACACUUAAAGAACAAUAAGGAUCCACUCAACCCUAGAAGCCUCGCGGGAUUCAUGCGCGAGGAAAUGAAAGUUCAAGUCAGUUAUUGGAAGGCUUGGAAAGGAAAACAAUGGGCUCAAAAUCUUAUCAGAGGAACAGCAAAAGAAAAUUUUUCCUUGCUCCCUUCGUAUAGUCAUAUUUUGAAGCAGGUAAAUCCAGGCACAGUUACCCACAAUGAACUUGAUUCAGAAAAUACGUUCAAGUACUUUUUUAUGGCAUUGGGAGUGGCUAUAAGAGGGUUCACCUACAUGAGGAAAGUAAUUGGUAUAGAUGCGGCUUGGAUCAAAACUAAGCAUAAGGGUGUGUUAUUAGUAGCAACUACACAAGAUAGUGAAUAUCAUACUUACCCCAUUGCAUGGGGUUUGGUUGAUAGUGAGAAUAACGCUUCAUGGACAUGGUUCUUAGAGAAGUUGAAGGAGUUGAUACCUGAUAGCUCAGACUUGUGUUUUAUUUCUGAUAGACAUCAAAGUAUCGAACAUGCAGUGCGUCAUGUUUAUGUUAUGGCUUCUCAUGGGGCAUGCUAUUGGCACGUAAAGCAAAAUAUAAAACAUCGUUUCAAAAGCGCUGCUUCGACUAAAUUGUACAAGAAAGCUGCAAUUGCAUACCGUAUCGAAGAGUUUAAUAAACAUUUUGACCAUAUUCGCAAAAUAUAUCCACGUGUUGCUAAGUAUCUUGAGAAUGAUGUCAAAUUCAAAAAGUGGUCGAGAGCACAUUUUGGUGGUAAUCGGUAUGAAGUUAUGACCACUAACAUAGUUGAGACUGUGAAUAAUUUGAUGCGAAAGGCAAGAGAGUAUCCAAUUAUUGCUAUGAUCGAUUUUAUCAUAAGCACCAUGGGACAGUGGUUCCUUUCUCGUCGUCGAGAAGCAUAUGUUGUGACAACUCCAUUGACACCGAAGAGAGAGGAAAUCUUAAGAAAAAGAUGGGAUGAAGUUGGUUCAUUGAUAACACUCCAAUUAAAUGAGAAUGAGUACAAUGUAAUGUGCGGAGAAUUCGAUGCAAUAGUGAAUUUAAGGUCAAAAAGUUGUACUUGCAAAAUUUUUGAUAUCGAGAAGCUUCCAUGUGUUCAUGCCAUAGCAGCAGUAGGAAAGUCCCAACCUCAAAAUACUGGGGAACUUAUAUAUUCGAUGUGUUCAAAAUUCUACACUUUGGAAUAUUGGUUGUUAGCAUAUGCUGAAACGAUCUAUCCUGUUCCUCCAAACUCACAGUGGACCAACAUUCCUGAAGAUGUUACUGCAAUACAAAUGAUAGCACCACCUGAAGACAAGACUAAAGGGCGACCAAAAAUCAACCGCAUACCUUCCCAAGGUGAAGUUUCUAAGAGACAAUAUAAUUGUGGGGCAUGUGGGCAAUCAGGACAUAAUGCGCAGAAGUGUCCAAGUUGUCAUGCGCCAUCAGAUGUUAGAAGCACAACUAAUAUGUGA